UUGAUGACACGUUAAAACAAAUCAACAUCACAUAUCUAAAGCAGAUCUGAUCCAGCACAGAAACGUUGAUGCCAAAAAGGGCCACCUACGUACAGUGUGCAUAGAGCAAAUUCUAUCACCACUUGCGUUAAAAGGUGAAAGCAACAUAUGGUCUUUAGUCUUUACAUAUGUGCAUACUUCAACAAGAUAAGAAAAGGACUGUCGGUGGUGUGAAAUUACCGUUGGUUGCAAUCAUUGCACUAGUAAGAAGCUGGUGUGAAAAUAUCAGGCCACACAUUAGGCUGAGACGAUGAAUGCUAUAUAUAUAUAAAGCUGGGAUCAUAGCACUCAAUUUCUGUAGUUCGCUAGUUGCUACUCCCAUAUUUCUCCUCUUUUCCACUUCCAUUCACGAGCAGACCUUUUAAGUAAGAACAUGGCUGGAGUCCUAGUUGACGUUCUGCUAGAGCGUUUUGCUACUCUCGCCCUUGACAAGAUCGAACAAGAGAUGAAGCUGGUGGUCGGGGUCAAGCAAGAAAUCAAAAAUCUCACCAAGAAACUCGAAGCUAUUCAAGCUGUGCUGGAGGACGCAGAGCAAAGGCAAGUGACGGAGGCCAGCGUGAGAUGUUGGCUGAGUGAACUGACAGAAGUUUCCUUCGACAUGGAUGAUGUGCUGGAUGAGUGGAUCACUAAAGUUCUCAGGCGUCAACUGGAGAAACAAGAAAAACAAAGCUCAAAAGCUCUUGUUAGUAAUAAGAAGAAGGUAUGCUUCCCUUCUCCUUCCUCUUGCUUUCGCUUCGGCAGAGUCGAUUGUCCGUUAUUUCUUCGUCAUAAAAUUGCUGCGAAGAUAAAGGAACUGAAUGAAAGUUUAGCUUUGAUCGCUCAAAACAAACAAGAUUUUAACUUUCAAACCACCACAAGGGCAGUCCCUGAACUACCUCAAAGAUCAGAAACUACUUCUCUUCCCCAAAUUAGAACAUUUGGUCGAGAAAAUGAAAACACUCUCAUCAUUAGCAAGCUGCUAAGUGAGAGUAGUGAAGAAAACGAGGUUCCUCUGAUCAUCCCUAUUGUAGGGAUGGGGGGUAUGGGGAAAACAACUCUUGCCCAACUUGUCUAUAAUGAUGAUAAGAUCAAAUUUCAUUUUGACAAGAGCAUAUGGGUAUGUGUUUCAGACCCUUUUAAAGAGAUCAAAAUUGCUAAAGCUAUUAUUGAAGGUUUAGAUAAAGAUAACACCUCAAAAAAUUCAAAUGAGUUGCAAACCUUGAUGCAAUGCAUAAAUGAAUUGCUUGAGGGAAAAAGGUUUCUUCUUGUCUUAGACGAUGUGUGGAACCCAACACGUAGUCAAUGGGAAGAAUUAAUCAAACAUUUACAAAAAGGUGCUAUGGGUAGUAGGGUAUUAAUGACCACUCGAAAUGAGAAUGUUGCUACUUUUAUGAAAGCAAAAACUCAAAUGAUCCUUUUGAAGGAGUUGAGUGAAGAAUUUUGUUUGUCAUUGUUCUACUACAGUGCAGACAUGGAUGAGAGUAGUGUGUCUAAAGAGUUUAAAGAUAUUGGGUUAGAGAUUGUGAAACGGUGCAAUGGGUUGCCUCUUGCUGCAAAGACAUUAGGAAGCCUCAUGCUCAAUAAGAAAACAAUUCAUGAAUGGCGAGCUGUUCAAAAGAGUAAAACAUGGACACUGAAAGAGAUACAACAAGAUGUUUUUCGACCACUACUAUUAAGUUAUCAUGACUUGACUCUAGCAACUAAACGAUGUCUUUUGUAUUGUGUUAUAUUUCCAAAAGAUUACGUUUAUAAUAAGAAUCAAUUGAUUGAGUUGUGGAUGUCACAAAGUUAUCUGCAUGCCACAGGAAGCAAAGAAAUGUGGAUAGUCGGUCAAAAUUGUUUUGAUGACUUAGUGUUGCGGUCAUUCUUUCAAGAUAUUGAUGUCGAUCAUAAGAGUUAUGGAAACAUAACAUGUAAAAUUCAUGAUAUUGUACAUGACUUUUUACAAUAUUUGACCGAAAAUGAAAGCAAACGGCUUGAGUUUGAUGCUAGUGAGAGACAGGAGGUGUCAAAUGAUAAAGUUCAUCAUUUGACCUUGAAUUGA